UUGGAUCAAACUAGGGUUUUUUCUUUCUUCUUUCGCUACUGCAUCGUGAGAAGGAAGCGGAGGCGCAUCGAUCUCAGGGAAGCAGCGGAGAUCCGUACACCGUCACCAUGGGUCGUAUGCAUAGCAGAGGUAAGGGUAUUUCGGCAUCUGCUUUGCCGUACAAGCGGACACCGCCGAGUUGGCUCAAGACCUCUCCUCAGGAUGUCGAUGAGUCCAUUUGCAAGUUCGCCAAGAAGGGUUUGACCCCAUCUCAAAUUGGUGUCAUCCUCCGUGACUCUCAUGGAAUUCCGCAGGUGAAAAGUGUCACCGGUAGCAAGAUUUUGAGGAUUCUCAAAGCUCAUGGUCUUGCUCCUGAGAUUCCUGAGGAUCUGUACCACCUGAUCAAGAAAGCUGUUGCUAUCCGCAAGCACCUUGAGAGGAACAGGAAAGACAAAGAUUCCAAGUUCAGGUUGAUUCUGGUGGAGAGUAGGAUCCACAGGCUUGCCCGUUACUACAAGAAGACCAAGAAGCUUCCUCCUGUGUGGAAGUACGAGUCUACUACAGCCAGCACUCUUGUGGCUUAGAGGCAUGGAGUCAAGAAACCUCCAAAGCAAUUGGGCUUUGCUCGGACUUCGUUUUCUUCUGCAUUGGAUUAAAUCUCUCUGUCUUUUAAUAGUUUUGUCGCGUUACAAUGAGAUUUUUUUACAUUUAGAACAGAAGUGGUUUUAUAUAUCAUCGGACUGACUGGUUCAUGUCUCAUUUUUCGUCGGUUGAAAUUACUGUCUUGCCCA